AUGGAAAAGAAAAAUCAAACAAAUGUCUCUGAAUUUCUCCUCCUGGGCUUCUCAAGUUGGCCACAACAGCAGGUGCUACUCUUUGCAUUUUUCCUGUGUCUCUAUUUAGCAGGGCUGUUUGGAAACUUACUCAUCUUGCUGGCCAUUGGCUCAGAUCAUUGCCUCCAGACACCGAUGUAUUUCUUCCUUGCCAAUCUGUCCUUGGUAGACCUCUGCCUUCCUUCAGCCACAGUCCCAAAGAUGCUACUGAACAUCGAAACUCAAACUCAAACCAUCUCCUAUCCUGGCUGCCUGGCUCAGAUGUAUUUCUGUAUGAUGUUUGCUAACAUGGACAAUUUUCUUCUCACAGUGAUGGCAUAUGACCGUUAUGUGGCCAUCUGUCACCCUUUACAUUACUCCACCAUUAUGACUCCACACCUCUGUGUGUCUCUGAUAGCUGUACCUUGGGUCAUUGCCAUUUUGAACCCUCUCUUGCACACUCUUAUGAUGGCCCAUCUGCACUUUUGCUCUGAUAAUGUUAUCCACCAUUUCUUCUGUGAUAUCAACUCUCUUUUCCCUCUGUCCUGUUCUGACACCAGUCUUAAUCAGCUGAGUGUUCUGGCUACGGUGGGGCUGAUCUUUGUGGUACCUUCAGUGUGUAUUGUGGUAUCCUAUAUCCUCAUUGUUUCUGCUGUGAUGAAAGUCCCUUCUGCCCAAGGAAAACUCAAGGCUUUCUCCACCUGUGGAUCUCAUCUUGCCUUGGUCAUUCUUUUCUAUGGAGCAAUCACAGGAGUUUAUAUGAGCCCCUCAUCCAAUCACUCUACUGAAGAAGACUCAGCCUCAUCAGUCAUUUUUAUGGUCAUAGCCCCUGUGUUGAAUCCAUUCAUUUACACUUUAAGAAACAAUGAACUUAAGAGGGCUUUAAAAAAGACCCUAAGCCAAAGAAAAAUCUUCUCCCAAUGA